AUGCAUCGGUCGUCAACAUUCAACAAGUACGAUGCUGUCUACCUUGCCACAGGGUUCAGCAAGGAGUCACACUGGUGGGCAGAUUGUGCAGACCUUCGCGGCACAAGACCUGAGCUUGUACCAUCGCAUGGCGCAGUCUUAGCGGUACAUGCCAUCAUCAGCGGCCAACCGCCUUCAAAUCAAGUAUCUGGCAUGCUGAGCGAUUGCCAAAGGCUGCUCAGCGAGUCUGAUCUUCUUGAUUUGCUCAAGCUGUACCCUGGUCUGCGCAAGCUGCGUCUCAUGGCGGUUCGGCAAGCCACGCUGACCUUCGAGGACAAGCGUGACCUGCGCCGAGUGCUCAAGCUCCAUGUGCCUCUCAUCCAAGGACCUCACUUCGCUACCACAUUCGAGACCCUGGAUGAUGCCGAAGAUGUAAAUCCAAGAAGCUCUGGGUCAGCGAAGACGAAGGAUGAAGUCAAGGCAAUGGUAGUGCGUUGGCCUACUGGCGCCUUGCUCAGCCCUAAGUUGAACAGCGGCGAAACCGCAAGACUCGGGGUCGAGGUCAUUCUAUAA